CUUGCGACAGUGAGUCAGUCUGCUAGUUUGCAGCGAUGGCGGCGGAGCUUCAUCUGGAGCCGACGCGCAUAACGGACCCGGCCACCGCCUCCAGUUUCCAGAGCUUCCGUGUGCGGCACCUGCACUUGGAGCUGCGGGUCGACUUCGGUCGGCGGCGGCUGGAGGGCCGCGCCGUGCUGGAGCUGAGCUGCUUGCGGCCCGAGGGCGGGCAGCUUCGGCUGGACAGCCACGCCAGCCUCAGCGUGCGGUCUGUCCGGGCUAAGUGCGGCGGCGCCGGCUCCCCCUCUGUCCCCCUGCAGCAUGAGACGCAGCCGUUCACCAGCUACGGCUCCGUCCUGGUGCUCACUCUGCCCGGCCCUUGUCGCCCGGGGGACCCGCUGGAAGUCACUAUCGACUACACGGCCACCGAUGGGCCAGGGGUGGUUUGGCUGAAUCCUGAACAGACAGCAGGAAAAGUAAAACCUUAUCUCUUCACCCAAGGUCAAGCUGUCUUAAACAGAUCUUUUUUCCCUUGCUUUGAUACCCCAGCUGUUAAAAGCACUUACUCCGCCUCUAUUAAAGUUCCAGAAGGUUUUACUGCUGUUAUGAGUGCAAAUAACUGGGAACAUGAUAAAAAGGAAAAUGUAUUCCACUUCAAAAUGGAACACCCAAUUCCUGCAUAUCUUGUUGCUUUGGCAGUUGGUGACAUUGUGUCUGCAGAGGUUGGACCAAGGAGCCGUAUCUGGACUGAACCGUGUCUGCUAGAAGCUGCCAAGGAAGAAUUUAAUGGUGUAAUUGAAGAGUUCUUGACAGUUGGUGAGAAGUUGUUUGGACCAUAUGUAUGGGGAAGGUACGAUCUUCUCUUCAUGCCGCCGUCUUUCCCGUUUGGUGGGAUGGAGAAUCCUUGCAUUACGUUUGUUACUCCAUGUCUGUUGGCCGGAGAUCGGUCAUUGGCUGAUGUCAUCAUCCAUGAGAUUUCUCACAGCUGGUUUGGCAAUCUGGUCACGAAUGCCAACUGGGGAGACUUCUGGCUAAAUGAAGGAUUUACAAUGUAUGCUCAGAGGAGAAUUUCAACAGAAAUAUACGGUCCAGAGUACACUUGUCUUGAAGCUGCCACAGGGAGAGCCCUCCUUCGUCAACACAUGGAUAACACUGGAGAGGACCAUCCCCUCAAUAAACUGAAGGUUAAAAUUGAUCAAGGGAUUGAUCCAGAUGAGACAUAUAACGAAACUCCCUAUGAAAAAGGCUUCUGCUUUGUAUCAUAUUUAGCUCACCUUGUGGGUGAUCAGAGCACGUUUGAUGCUUUCCUUCGGGCCUAUGUGAACAAAUUCAAAUUCCAAAGUAUUGUGGCGGAAGAUGCUUUAUGUUUUUAUUUAGAGUACUUCCCAGAACUCAAGAAACAAGAUAUUGAGAAAAAAACAGGAUUUGAAUUUGACUGUUGGCUGAAUACACCUGGAUGGCCUCCUUACCUGCCAGACCUUUCAUGUGGUGAUGUUCUCAUGAAACCAGCAGAAAGCUUGGCUUCACUAUGGUUGGCUACAGAGCUGAAUAUGGAUGCCAUCAAAGCUGUUGACAUAUGCUCAUGGAAAACCUACCAGAUUGUGCACUUCCUGGAUAAACUACUGGAAAAGUCACCUUUGCCUCCAGGAAAUAUUGCUAAGAUGGGUGAAGUCUACCCAAAUAUCUCCAGUUCCAAGAAUGCUGAACUGCGUUUUCGCUGGGUACAGUUAAUUGUGAAAAAUAACCACACAGAUGCAUUUGAUGAACUUCGCAAAUUUCUAGGGAGUCAGGGUAAACAGAAGUACACAGUUCCCGUUUAUCGAGCCAUGUGGUCUGAAUCUGAAAGGACACGCAAAUUAGCACAGGAAAUUUUUGCUGCUACAGGGAAUCAACUUCACAAAAAUGUACAGAAUUAUGUGAAAAAAAUAAUUUGUAAUUAAGAUUCACUAAUGAAGAAAUUUAAAUCAGUAGCUUCCAGGAGAUCUUUGAAUAUUAUACUUCAGAAUAUUUUGUCUCUAUAAAACUUGGAUUGUUUUCAGAUUUAAAUAGGGUAAAUCAAUUCAUGCUUCCAAAAUUGCCAUGAUAUUCUUUGUUGUACUAAUGUGUUCUUUCUUGUGUGUAUGCCAAAAGCAGAUCUGGGUUAAAUCUGUGAAAUUCAAUUGUUUGCAAACCUUGUAGCGCACUUGAGCUGCAAAAACAUUUUGAAGUGAGUGCAAGUGAGGAAAUUGAGAAUCCAAUUGCACAAGGAAUUGGAUUGUGCUCUUGUGGAUCUUUGCUCAGGUACUUAAUGUUUCAUGUCUCUUUCAAUAGUCAUGAUCAUCUUGGUGUAUUCCUACUACUGACUUCCCCUUCCAAAUCAUUCCUAUGGGAAUAUUUGUAUUUGGUAGUAAAAUCAAUAUUUCUGAAAGGAAAACUAGGCCAGUGCAUAAUCAAAGGAUAUUCAGUAUGUGUGUAAACUGAAAUCUGUACAAUGAAUAAAGUUGUUACCACAAACAA